GGCCCGGGUGCCUGCGGGUGUUGCGCCUGCCGAGGGGGGGAGCUGCAGGUGGAUGAGAGCAGUGCCCAGCUGAGGCUGUUAGCGCGCUUUCCCCUGUGUGUUUCCUAGUGUAACCUGCCAGGUGUUUUUUUUUCAAAGGUCGUACUCCCCAAUCUUCUCUAGAUUGCCCUGUCUCCUUCGGAAGUGCUCGUUUCUAUACGAGCUGGCCCCUUUGUUAAUGCUCCGUGUGUAUUUUUGUCCGUUCUCUCAGAAAAUGAUGGGCUUUUUUAAUUCUUUUUUUUUUUCGCUUUUAAGUUCCUUUGCAGAGAACGAUGGCUGAUGAGGGGAAAAACUUUGUUCCCACGGAAGUGUGCGAUGUGUUGGAAUCGGUUUCUUUUCUGAGUGUGGAGGGUAAACCUUCACCCUUGGAGUCAACAGUAUUGCCUAGUACAGAGGAACAGCAGGUGUAUGAGCCUUUGAAAGUCUUCCUGAGAGUGAGGCCCUUUUCUAUAGCAGAGCUUGAAAGCCAUGAAUUCCAGGGUUGUGUAACUAUUGAAGAUGCACAGACAGUAAUUCUUAAUGCACCCAAAGAAUCUUCUGCAAUGAAAAACAGUGAAAGAGGGAUUGGUCAUGCUGUGCACAGCUUCACCUUUUCUCAGGUCUUUGGACCAGAAACUACUCAGAGUGAAUUUUUUGAAGGCUCAAUGAAAGAUAUCAUUAGAGCAUAUAUUAAUGGAGUGAAUGGACUUGUAUUUACUUAUGGAGUUACAAAUGCAGGCAAGACAUUCACUAUCCAAGGGACUUCAAAAGAUCUUGGUAUUUUACCUCGCUCACUUGAUGUGAUUUUUAACCACAUAAGAGGAAGACAUUACCUGAAGAUGAACUUCAAACCGUAUUUGAGCAACGAUGUUAAGAAACUCGAAGAUGAACAAGUUAAGCAAGAAGAAGCUUUAAAAACUGCUAUUCUUGCAUCACUGAAAGAGGAGACAGAGAGCAUCUCAAGUACUGUAACAAAUUUCUGUGAUGUGAAGUUGGAUUCUUCUAACUGUACUUCAGACAAUCAUCCUUCUAACUCCCUAGCAGAGAAGAACUUUGUUCCACUUGACAUUCAUAAGACUAAUAUGCACCAAAGAACACAAGCAUCUGUGUGGAUUUCCUUUUGUGAAAUUUACAAUGAAUAUGUGUAUGACCUAUUAAGUAUUUUAUCUACAUCAAAACCUCAAAGGCGCAGAGUUUUAAGAAUUUGUGAGGAUCAAGGAGGAAAUUGUUACAUUAAAGAUUUGAAGUGGAUUAAUGUUCAGAGCACUGAAGAAGCCUUCAGACUGCUAAAAAUAGGGAACAAGAACCGAAGCUUUGCCUGUACGAGAAUGAAUGAGCAAUCAAGUAGAAGUCACAGUAUAUUUUCCAUCAGGCUACUCAAGCUAACUGAUGAGCAUCAGCCACGUGUUCUUGGAGUAUCAGAGUUGUCCUUCUGUGACUUGGCUGGUUCAGAGAGGUGUAAUAAAACACAUGUCUUUGGAGACAGACUAAAAGAAGCAGGAAAUAUUAAUAAUUCUCUUCACAUCCUUGGAAAGUGCAUUGCAGCACUGAAGCAAAAUCAAAACCCAAAGAUGAAGCCAAGCUAUAUUCCGUUCAGAGAGAGUAAGUUGACUCGUCUGUUUCAGCCAUUUUUUUGUGGGAAAGGCAAAGCUUGCAUGAUUGUGAACAUCAAUCAGCAUACUUCCACAUACGAUGAAACACUGCAUGUAAUGAAAUUUUCAGCUCUAGCCAGACAGGUUAUCCAGACAAUCCUGCCCAAAAAUUUUGGUUAUUUUCCACCAAAGCUAGUUGGGGGUGAUGGCAAACCUAUGAUGCACUUUGAUGCUAACACAUCUGUAGAUGACUUUGCUGAAACCUCUGCAGAAGAGGAAGUGGACAUCACCAUUUUGAGUCAUGAGGACCUCUUGAAAGCUGCAGAGGACUUAAAGGAGAAGGUAGCUGCAGAAAGGCGAAGUAAGCUCCUUCUGGAGGUGAAGAUACGUAAAGAGAUGGCAGAAGCAAUGUUUCGACAGCUGCUGGAAACAGAGGAAGCCUGGAGCAACCGCUUGGAAGAUAUGAAGGACAGCUAUGAAGAAAAACUUGAGAGCAAAUUUGAAAUGUAUAAAGAGGCCAUUAAGAAACACGCAUAUAUGUGUGCAAUGGAACAAAUUGAAGAGCAUUAUGUUCCCAUAGAAGAAUUUCUAGCUGAACAAGAGAAAGUUGAGGAUAGAGAGAGGAAAAUACUGCAGUUGGAAAGGCAACUUGAUGAACAGUCAGGGAGGCUGUUGGCUCUGGGAAGUCCGAGCUCGGAUAUUCCGACUGCUGAAAAUAACAUGGAACGAGAUCUUAUGGGCAGCACAUUGAAGAGAGCCAAUGAAGGAUUGCAGAAACAAUGUGAAGAGAAGGAAGAGCUUAUAAAAUCUCUGAAGUUUAAAAUACAGAAACUAAAUGAAGCCCUGCUAGAAGCUAAUGAAGGCUACAGAAAAAUGGCAGAAGAAAACAGUCAGCUGAAGCACACAAUCAUGCUCAAGGAUCAAGAAAUGAAUAGUCUUCAGAACUGGGCUAAACGUGUUCUUGAGCUUGAAGAAACAGUGUCUUCCCUGCAAAAAGAGCUUGAAGAACAGAAAAAGAAUUUCUUUGCAGAGGAGUCAAAACAGCAGAAACCCAGGAGAGGUUUGCUGGCUAACCUGAAAUCCACAGUAGCAUCCACUGCUAGUACACCUCUUGGUAAAGGCUGGGGGAAGGAUGAAGAGGCUUCACCCUAUUUAAGAAAACAAGUACUGUUGCCUCAUAAAGCAAAAGAAUAAUAUUUGAGAAAUCAAAGUGUGCAAUUACUAGGCUUCUUCAUUAGUCUUAAACUGUUGGUAGCUCUCACUCUUAGAAAAAUGUUUAAUACAGAACUUUUUUAAUUGAAUCAGGGCUGCAUUUAGAGCUAUAAAAGUUUGAGUCUAGACAUGUGCUUUUACCAUUGAUAUAGGGAUGGGAUUUGAGAAAUAUAUAUGUUUUUAUUCUUGAGUAACUGCUAUCAUGGUCUUCUGUACUGAUAAAUGUGUGGUUCAUGCGAAGAGAGAUGUCCCUCAUCUGCUCAUUAUGGUUUUUAAGUUACUUUAUAUCACUGCUGAGUCCUAGAAAUCAGAUGGCUUGUAAACUUAAAUCCUAAGUAGUUAAAAUAGCAUGGUUCUUCAGUUAAUAUUCUGGUUUUGACCUGGAGACUCCCUUCUUGGGACCUGCUUCUAAGCAAACUGCUAAAGAAGACAAUGAAAUUAAAUCUGAUCUGUCUCCUUGCUAUUUUUCAGCUACCUUGGCUUUGUAAAGAAAUUUGUUUAAACAAAAUUUGAAUUUCCACUAGGAAUAUGUAUUAAACUCUGAAACAUGUAUUUAAUAAAAUUUUCCAUUGCUAAAUCCAGCUCUGACUCUUCAUUUUAUAAAUCAGCAAAACCAAGAUAAGAAGUGAUCAUUAAAUUAGAGCCCAAAUAAUGACAGUGAUUGAUACAGGAUGAUCUUGAGUUGAAAGAAUCAUGUCCUUUAUUAUAUUACUUAGCUUUUAUCUAGUUGCUUAAGGAUGGAAGACAGGAGCAUGAUAAAAUAUGAAGUAGUUUUCCUGAACUCUUUCCAGUCAGUGAAGGUGAGGGGAUUUUUAACUACAUAAAUGUGGAAGUACAAUGCAUGGAAUUGCUGGAGAUUUGCUGUGGAAUCUGUAAGUAAAUUGGAUUGUGAGAAACACCCUUACAGGGACUGAUCAGUGGAAGGGAACUGAGUUCAAAGCAAGAACCUCGUCCUCCCUGGGGAGACAGUAGGUGGUGCAGCCUUCCCGUGUGACAGGAGGGCAGCCCUGCUCUGCUGUGACUCCUCUUGCCAGGUUGCUGAGAGUUUUGGGUUGCUCUGUGAUCAGUAAUCACUCUGACAUCUAUUUAACAAGGCUGUAGAGGUUGUGCUUCAGCCAUUGCUUUUCUCAUGUUUCUGUUAAAUACAGGGUUAUCUGGUUUUAGUAGUUCUGAAGGCCUAUAAUCCCUGCAAGGUAGGAUUUCUAAAAUAUUUGUCUACUCCUGCAUAAACUAUUCCAGCUAUUAAAAAAUAUUUUGGUGUAGUUAUAUGAGACACUGAAUGCUGAUCUCUUGAAUAAGAAAGCUGUUAUGUACACAUUGCUUUAGGCAAAGCAAUUGAAACGGAAGUUUAAAAAUACCAUUAGAACAGGCUAAUAUUGGAAAAUUUCCAUAAUACCAUUUCAAACUACCUUGUGCUACACCUUGACAGUCUGUCUAGCAACUUUAUGUAGCACUAACCUCCUACUCCCUGAGCAACUAUUCUAUGUUCCCUCUUACUUCCCAGAGCUCUUUGGUUGGCUAUAGGGAAUGGUUUGAAAGAUAAAGUUACAUUAUCUUGAAUUUUUUUUUCUUUUUUUUUUUUUCUUCAGUCUCAAAAUAAAAUGAAGCCUGUAGUGAACUACUGGCCAGUGCUGAACUGUUAAUGUUUUCCCAAAAGUUGCUAAAGCAGUGUAGUUAUUAUGUUAAAGGCUUUUGAAAAGCUGUUUUCAAGAAUAGCAGAGGGUUGGGUCUUCUCUUCAUGCCCUCCAGGAUAAUAAGAAACCACAAGAAGGAUGCAAAAAUGGUGGGUUUGGUUCUUUUCAGUUUCUCAAAGAUGUAAGGAAAGCAGAGUCCAUUAAUCUUGGUAGUGGUGAUAAUAAGGGAUUCCCCUGUUCCACAUGAAGCUACCACUAGAUAGAACAUCAUCUGUUUGUUUUAGCUCAAAUCACUACCAUACUACUAGCUUCAGAUUAAGUGUUUAUUAAAAUUAAAAAUCACCAUACAAUAGAAAUUAUUUACAUAUUUAACUGAUAGUCUGUUUAAAAUGCACAGUUUGACUGAAGGAAGCCCCUGGAAAAGAAAAGCCAUGAAUACUUCUGCUGCUGAGCUUCAACUGCAGGCACACUGAAGAUUUCUCAGAAAAGUUUUAAGCUUCUGCAAAGUACCAUUUGCCUAAAUAACUGGGCUGAAGGAUGGCAAAGAUGUGUACUGGGUUUCAGUUGUGAGAACCUGUGUCACUUUGAAAAAGAAGUAAUCUAUGCUGUGCUGUGGUUACAUUGCAAGUGCACUAGCUCAUCUGUUUGGAUAAGUAAUUUGACAGAACAGUUCAAUGUAAAAAGAGCACAGCAACUUGCCUUCACUUUAAGAAUUAGAUUUGUAAUACUAAGCAACAAAUGACAGUGUCACUGCAAUAUAACUUGGUAUCUUAUUGCAUGUUUCCACAAAUUGGUUUUGAUAGUGCUAGAGCUAGUUUUAGUUUCAAACAGAUUUGAGGUUAGUUGAUUAAAGCAGCAAAAAUAUGAGGAAUAUUCUUGAAUAACCACAGAGGAUUAAAAAUGAAGAUUAAAAAUACUUUCACUGGUAACAUUUUCAGCGACUGCAAUGAAGGUAUUAACUUCCUUCAAAACCCUGUGCUUUUCCAUGGACCUCA